AUGGUGUCAGCUGGUUUUCAGAUGGUGGGCACGGCCCUCUGCAUCAUUGGCUGGAUCGGGGUCAUUGUGGUCUGCGCCCUGCCCCAGUGGAAGGUCACUGCCUUCAUCGGCCAGAACAUCGUCACGGCUCAGACCACCUGGGAGGGGAUAUGGAUGAGCUGCGUGGUGCAGAGUACAGGCCAGAUGCAGUGUAAAGUGUACGACUCCAUGCUGGCGCUCUCCACUGACCUGCAGGCCGCCCGCGCCCUCGUCAUCAUCUCCAUCCUGGUCGGGAUCCUGGGCAUCCUCCUGGCCAUCGCAGGAGGAAAAUGCACCAACUGUGUUGAAGACGAGUCCUCCAAAGCCAAGAUCGGCGUGGCCUCUGGCGUGAUCUUCAUCAUCGCUGGAGUUAUGUGCCUCAUCCCCGUGUGCUGGACGGCAAACACCAUCAUCCAGAACUUCUACAACCCACUGAUGGUGGGGUCUCAGAAAAGGGAGCUGGGAGCUGCACUCUUCAUCGGCUGGGGGGCCUCUGGCCUCCUCCUCAUUGGUGGUGGACUCCUCUGUGCCAACUGCCCCCCCAAGGAUAGCUACUCUGCCAAAUACUCAGCCGCCCGCUCAUCUGCGCCCAAAGACUACGUCUGA